UUUACUCACCGCGUGCCCGAGCCGUCUCCGUAGGGCUGAUGAAGCCAUGUGCUGUCUCCAUGGCGACAAGACCCCGGAAAUACACCGCAAACCUGCCCGGAGGGGUGACUUUGGUUGGUUGAUCAGCUUACUGCACGUUCAUCUGCCGCUUUGUUUAUCAGAGAGGGAGAUCGAUUUGUUUGUUUUGGUCGAGUCCGUGAACAUGUCGGAGUCCGAGAAGGAGCUGGGCGAGCAGAGGGACAGCACGAAGAAGAAGAAGAAGAAGAAGAAGAAAGAGACGCCGAGCGGGAAGACGAAGAAGAAGCAGCAGCAGGGGGAGAGGCGGGAACAGGAAGUAGUGCAGCGGGAGCAGGUGGAAGAGGAGCACAGUGACUCUGUUGUGCUGCGCGGGAUCUUCAAACUGGGGAAGAAGAGCCACGACGUCCUACUCACCCGAACCAGACUGACCUGGACCCCCAUCACCCCUGAAACCCCUACAACAGGUGAGGCGUGCCCGCCGCAGCCAGGCGUGUUGCUGCUUCGGGACGUGUACGCGGUGAAGGUGAAGCGGCGGCGAUCGGCGGGCCAGGAGUCGGGCGGAGCCGUGCUCGGCGUGGCCCUGUUCUGCUGCAGGAGGAGAGGCAGGAGGCUGGAGCAGGACACGCUUCAACUCCACAACGCCUCCGCGGAACACACUCACACCUGGUACAACACCCUGAAGGAGCUGCUCACAGCGUUCAGUCGUCCCAGGUAUCUGAAGGUGUUCAUCAACCCCAGCAGCUACAAGAAGGAGUCGGUGCACAUCUAUAGAGAACACGUGGCUCCGCUCUUCAAGAUGGCCGACGUCCGCACCGACAUCACCGUGACGGAGAGGAAGGGUCAUGCUCUCUCAGUGAUGAAGGAAUGCAAGCUGGAUGAAUAUGAUGGGGUGGUGUGUGUCGGGGGUGACGGUUCAGUGGCCGAGCUGUGUCACGCUCUGGUCCUCCGAGCUCAGCUGGACGCAGACUCUCCAGAGAAACCAGUGAGACCAGUGCUGCCGCUGGGCAUCAUUCCUGCUGGCUCUACAGAUGUGGUUUCUUGUUCUGUUCAUGGUGUCCGAGAUCCAGUCACAGCAGCCCUCCACAUCGUACUGGGUCACAAGCAGCAGGUGGACAUGUGCAGCUUCUCGUCUCUCGGUCAGUUGGUGUGUUUCGGUUUCUCCGCCAUGUUCGGCUUCGGCGGGCAGAGCUUGGCGCGGGCGGAGAAAAAGCGGUGGAUGCCGACGUCGCGGCGACGAGAGUACGCCCUGGUGAAGACGCUGGCUAGACUAAGACCAGAGGACUGUCAGUUGUCUUUCCUCCCGGCGAAGACGUCAACCAGGAAUCUGUCUGAGCAUCGAGACAACCAGGAUCUGGACCGCGGUCCAGAGGAGACCUGGACGACCAAUCAGGGCCUGUAUCUGAACAUCAGCAUCAUGUCCAUCCCCUGUCUGAGUCCACAUGCACCUCGAGGACUGGCUCCCAACACAAGUUUGGCAAAUGGCAGCGCGGCACUGAUCGCAGUGGGAAACACCUCCAGGUCCGAGUUCAUCAAACACCUGAAGAGGUACAGCAGCUCCAGUGAACCGUUCAGCUUCUCCUUCGUGGACACGCACGCCGUGUCAGCGGUGAGGAUCCGCCCCCGUUCCCUCGUUGGUUGGACGGAGGAGGAGGAGGAGAGUGAGGAGGAGGAGGGCGAAUCCAGACCAACGCCCAUCAUCCAAUCAGAGGGGGCCGCCUUCCCCUGGAACAUCGACGGAGAGCUGGUGGAGAUCGCUAACGAAGUGCUCGUCAGGGUCCACCCGCGGCUCAUCACUCUGUGCGGGGAGGAGUUGGAUGAGGCUGAAUCAACCAUAUCCUGCAGUUGCUUCUGAGUCCAGCUGAGGUGUGUGUGUGUGUGUGUGUGUGUGUGUGUGUGUGUGUGUGUGUGUGUGUGUGUGUGUGUGUGUGUGUGUGUGUGUGUGUGUGUGUGUGUGUGUGUGUGUGUGUGUGUGUGUGUGUGUGUGUGUGUGUGUGUGUGUGUGAGACCAAGACACAUCGCCAUGGUAACAAUGACUCAGCAGUCCCCUCUAGGUCGUAAUAUUUUCAGUAGAGUUGAGAACUAAUGUCGAAGUUUCCCUCACAGCUGCAUUAACUUAUGUUUUAUUUUUUACCCCAUAAGUUAACUUAUGAGCUACCUUUAUUAACUGUGCUUUAUACGUUUGUUACUUAAAGAUUAAUGAUUUAUAUUCAAAUGAAUGUUUACAUUUUUCUAUGUUGUAAUUGGGCUGCCAGCUUUUCUCUGAUGACUCUUUUUUUUAAAUUAAUUUGUGUUGCAUUGUUUUUGUUACAAGUUUCACUUUUUAAUUCAUCUCUCUCUCUGGUUCUGCAGCAGUGAUUGAUGAUUUUGAUUAAUUCUUUGAAAAAAAGCACAAAAAAAAUCAUGUGAAAUGUUUAUAAGCAUUAGUAGUGACAAUAACAUGGGAAUUUACCAACAAUGGGAGAUAUUUAUGAUAAAUAAAGAUCUAAAGAGAGUUCAAAAUAUAAAUGUGGGCCAAAAAAAACUAGUCACAUAGUCAAACUGAAUUCUGCAAAAAUAAUGACAGGGUGAGUUUAUUGUGUCCAAAGUCUGUAAAAGUUUUAUAUUUGAAUAUUAAAGAGCUGUUUGCACAGUUUUUUUUAAAUGUAGAAGCUUUGUUAAAUGAGAUCAUCUAGAUUUUCUUCAAGUCACGGGGAAAAAAAUGUACAAGUUGUUGUUUAAAUAGAAAAACUUUUGUCUUUUUAAUAGAGAAGUGUUGAUAAAAAGCAGUGAGACUCUCCAGUGCAGAACACAUUCACAUAAACAAAAAAUAACAACAAACUAAUUUAUUAAAGUAAUUAAAACAUCUGUGUGUGUGUGUGAUGUGCAUUUGUACUAAACAGAUAAACAGACGUGAGGGUGGCGGCUGUUUUAACCGUCUGGAUUCACAGAACACAGACGGAUAAAACAAUGCUUUUUUAAUACUUUCAUUACAUUAAACAUUUUUUUAAAAGCUGAUUUUCAAGUUCAUAUGAUUCAACUUCAUGGCUCAAUGUGUUUCUGUCUGUUACUGUGCUUUGGCGACUGUGAAGCUUCUUUUUUUUUACAAACAAGCGGGAAAAUCCAGUAAAACACACAUUUUAACACAUAAACAUAUUUUUACGAACAUUUCUAAAAAGCGCUUUGUAGUAGAUAAAAGUAUCACUGAUGUCAAACAGACAAAACAGUUGAAACCGAACUUGAUGUCACAUGAUAUGUGUGUUUCUAGGAGCGGAGCUCUUGUUUUUUUCUGACAUCUACAGUACAGGCCUCCAGACGUGCUCAUGUGGCUCCGCCCGGCUGUACUUUGUUCCCAUUUUUUUUGUUUUUUGGCACAAAACGGUUUCCUGCUACAUUUCCCUGAACAGAAUAACGGCGGAGGAAAACAGUCACACAGCGCACCACAACAUCAGACAACAGUGUGAAAUCUGACCGAGGAUGGGGGGGGGUCCAUUCUGCUAAGAACGUCUCCAUCUGUCCUCCAUCCUCUGACCAGGAAAUGAAUCAAGAUGGAUGUUUCCAGACGGCUCGCU